GCCAUUAUAAUUGUGUGCAAGAGCGUUAUUGCUCCAGAGUGGCAACAUCUCAAUUCUGUCUCUCCACUCCAGUGGCAGUUUACUAAGAACUACGAUACAACUGUUACACAACCUGGUGAUGCCUUUGUAUGAAUACAUAGAUAGCAUAUUGUUGGCUAUUCACAAACCACUGUUUGGUACCUAUAUAUCUUUUCAUACUGUAGCCCAUUACUGUACGGAAACAAAGCGUCACGGGCGUAGGCGGGAUCAUGUAGGCGGAGCCAGUACUUUGUGGGAAUCUGAAGGCGGGCUUACGCAAGAAUCACGGAAUCCUGACCAACCGCGGAGAAGCAUUCAUGUGGCCAACGGUGGUGUUUUAACAGAACGGAGCCCAAUUUUGAGGCCAUACGGGGAUUGACAACUCAAGGGAAUUACAACCUCCGUCGGCAAACAUCAGCGGGCAAUCUGACAAGGCCUAUAUCGACUGCGUCUUCUUGGAUAGCGAUCAAGCAACCGCCUCUACACUGGCACUGGGAGACGCAAUCCGCUGCAAUCUGCAAGUUGAAGUCAUAGGGCAGAAACAGCCAUGAUUAUGCUCUGUGAGCCCCCGUUGUGGCCGGUGGGCAUGGUUUUGGAGGGCAGCUCGGAGGCCCUGUGUCCCCCCCCAUCUCUGGAACUGCGACCGUCUUGCAACAAGAGCCAGGCCUCGCCCCCUCUGGGCUCGGCCUCCCAGCCCCACGAAGGCCUCUUCCCGGGGGACAAGGAGCCAGUCAAGUACGGGGAGCUCAUCGUCUUAGGGCACAAUGGUUCUCUGACCAAUGGGGAUAAAGGUCGCCGAAGAAGUCGCCUAGCGCUCUACAAGAGACCCAAAGCUAACGGGGUCAAACCUGAUGUCAUCCACAAUGUUGCUACCCCUCUGGUGUCAAAGGCUCUCAGCAACAAAAGUCAGCACAGCAUCUCCUACACACUGUCCAGAAGUCACUCUGUCAUCGUGGAGUACACACAUGACACCAACACAGACAUGUUCCAGAUCGGGCGCUCCACGGAGAGCAUGAUAGACUUUGUGGUGACGGAUACCGCAGGCAGCAGCGGGGGCAGUGGGGGGCAAGGCCAGGGGGCGGCCGGAGAGGGGGGAGGAGGAGGAGGAGGAGGAGGAGGAGGACAGUCUGCCCAGAGCACCAUCUCCCGCUAUGCGUGCCGCAUCAUGUGUGAGCGUAGCGCCCCCUACACAGCACGCAUCUAUGCUGCCGGCUUCGACUCCUCCAAGAACAUCUUCCUGGGGGAGAGAGCUGCCAAAUGGCGGACGUCGGACGGCUUGAUGGACGGAUUGACCACCAAUGGCGUGCUGGUGAUGCACCCGGCAGGCGACUUCGUCCAGGAGCCGGCGCCGGGGGUGUGGCGGGAGAUCUCCGUGUGCGGGAACGUGUUCGCCCUGCGGGAGACCCGCUCGGCCCAGCAGAGGGGGAAACUGGUGGAGAACGAGUCCAACACCCUCCAGGACGGCUCCCUCAUCGACCUGUGCGGGGCCACCCUGCUGUGGCGCACCCCGGCGGGCCUCCGGCGCACGCCCACCCUCAAGCAGCUGGAGUCCCUGCGCCAGGAGCUGAACGCGGCGCGGCCGCAGUGCCCCGUGGGCUUCAACACCCUGGCCUUCCCCAGCCUGGCUCAGCGGGAGAUCGUGGACAAGAAGCAGCCCUGGGUCUACGUCAACUGCGGCCACGUCCACGGCUACCACAACUGGGGCUACCGCAAGGACAAGGGCCCGGCGGGGCCCGGCGGGACGGCGCCGGCCAGCACCGGGGAGAGGGAGUGCCCCAUGUGCCGGCGCGUGGGGCCCUACGUGCCCCUGUGGCUGGGCUGCGAGGGGGGGCUGUAUCUGGACGCCGGGCCCCCGACCCACGCGUUCUGCCCCUGCGGCCAUGUGUGCUCUGAAAAGACAGUGCAGGGGUGGAGCCAGAUCCCGCUGCCGCACGGGACGCACGCCUUCCACGCCGCCUGCCCCUUCUGCGGCACCUGGCUGACCGGCGAGCAGGGCCACAUCAAACUCAUCUUCCAGGGCCCCGUCGACUGAGGGGUUGGUUGUGUGAGGU